CUCCCGCACCCAAGGGCGCCUGGCAGCUCCCGCAGCUCUGGCCGUUCGUGGAAGUUGGUUCGGCUCAGCCGUUCCCAGCGGCCACCGCCGCCGCCUCCAUCUCCGGCGUGGCCCCCCAAAAAAGGGCAAGAGAAGGAAGGCUCGGAGGGAGCGAUGGCUCCGAGUUUCUGGAUUCAGCUGCAGGUCUUGCUACUUCUGGCCGGCCCGGGACGGGGAGCCCCGCCCAGGGCUGGGGGGCGAAGGAGAGAAGCGGAGGUGUUCUUAGAGAAGUAUGGAUACCUGGGAGAGCACACCCUGGAAGCUUCCAGCUCCACGAAGCUCACCGAUGCCAUAAGGGAGUUCCAGUGGGUGUCUCACCUGCCAGUUAGUGGGCAGCUAGACACUGCCACAAUGCGCCAAAUGGCCCAGCCACGGUGUGGAGUGGACGACAAGGAGAGCCACUCAGCUUGGACUGAAAGGCUCAGUUCCCUGUUUGCUGGACGCAGAGCCAAGAUGAGGCUAAAAAAACGCUUUGUGCAGCAAAGAGGCAAAUGGUACAAGCGCCAUCUUUCCUACCGCCUGGUGAACUGGCCCAAGUACCUGCCAGAGCCUGCCGUCCGCCGGGCCGUACAGGCGGCCUUCCAGGUGUGGAGCAACGUGUCGUCUCUGGAGUUCUGGGAGGCACCAGCAUCCAGCCCGGCCGACAUUCGCCUCACCUUCUUUCAGGGCGAUCACAACGACGGGCUCAGUAACGCUUUUGAUGGGCCAGGAGGUGCCCUGGCUCACGCCUUCUUCCCUCGCCGUGGGGAGGCACACUUUGAUAGGGAUGAGCGCUGGUCCUUCCGAAGCCGAAGAGGUCGGAACCUGUUUGUGGUGCUGGCCCACGAGAUAGGCCAUACGCUGGGGCUGGGUCACUCCCCUGCUCCCCGGGCUCUCAUGGCACCCUAUUACAAGAGGCUGGGACGGGACUCCGUGCUGAACUGGGAUGAUGUACUGGCCAUCCAGAGGUUAUAUGGACAGCCCCUGGGGGGCUCAGUGGCUGAGCAGCUCCCUGGGAAGCUAUUCACCAAUUUUGAAGACUGGGACCUCCAUAGGCCAUGGGACAGGAAAUCUGGAGCUAGAGGGCCCUAUUAUUGCCACUCUUUUUUUGACACCAUCACAGCAGACAAGGACCACCGAGUCUACAUCUUUAAAGGAAACAGUUUCUGGGAGGUGGAGGCCGACGGCAAUGUUUCAGCCCCCCAACUCCUACAGGAGAAAUGGGCCAAUCUGCCCCCCCACAUCGAGGCAGCUGCUGUGUCCCAGGAUGAUGGAGAUUUCUACUUCUUUAAAGGAAGUCGAUGUUGGAGGUUCCAAGGAUCAAAGCUACUGAAGGGUUACCCCCAACAGUGCCGAGCAGGAGGGCUCCCUCGCCACCCAGAUGCUGCCUUUUUCUUCCCACCACUUCAUCGCCUCGUGCUCUUCAAGGGUUCCCGUUACUAUGUACUGUCCAAUGGAGGGCUACAGAUUGAACCCUACUACCCUCGAGGUCUAAGGGACUGGGGGGGUGUCCCCUCAGGAGUUCAAGGGGCCCUGCCUGGGCCUGAAGGUUCUAUCCUCUUCUUCCAGGAUGAUCGCUACUGGCGCUUUGAUCCUAUCUCACUGAAGGUGGUAGCAACAGGCCAGUGGGCCAAAGAACUCCCGUGGAUGGGCUGCUGGGAUGCCAACUCUGGGAGUGCUCUGUUCUGAGCCUCUUGGACUAUGAGCAGUCAGGGCUCUCGUGCCCAGCCUUUUAUUCCCCUACCAUGGAAAGGGGGGUCUUUUGUAGGCAAUCAUCAUGGUGCCCAACUCCACAAGAGGAGGAAUUAAGUGGGGUUUUCUUGGAGUGAGAAGAGGACCAUGGAUCAGCCACUCUCCAGGCAGAGUCAAAGAACAAAGCGUAAUGCUAUCUCCUCAUGGACGUGAUUGUGAUGGAUGAAUCCCAAAUAAAGAGGGAGGAAAGGAGAGAGUUAUUUCUGGGAGUCAGAGUUGGGGAGGGGGAGAGAAAAGGCUGAAUAUCAGAGAUCUAGAAAAAUAUUGCCUCCUUUCCCCCCAUCUAAGUAGCCCAAAAGGGUCCAUUGGGAAGUAACAGCAGCGAGGUCAGGUCAACAUUUCAAGGGUGGAGGACUAAAAUCUCUCCAUGAGGCAGGGUCAGCUGGGCACCUUUCCCUUUGGCCCCUGUUGUUACAAUAGCAGCAUUCUCUAGGACACACACACAUACAUUCACACAGCAUUCCUUAAGCCCUAAACCCCAGAAAUAGCUGAGAUUCUUAGUGGAGGAGGCAAACUCUCCACCCAAUGCUAACACUGCUCCCAACCCUUCCCAGCCACUAAUCUAGGACCUGCAGUUGAGCUGCUGAUUCCUGACUCUGAGCAGUAAGAAGAGAAGAAUUCAGGGGCAGCUAGGUGGCUCAGUGGGUAGAGAGCCAGGCUGAUUCCAUUGCAUCCUCUUCCAUUGCCCACUCCCAAGCUCUGGGUGUGCCUGCUAGUAUCCAUAACCCCCCCACCCCAAUAAAUUCUCCCUUGAAGACAAUCCUUAGGGAGGGGUGACCUACUGGACUUUUGUGAGAUCUGUUGUUCUACUGAGAAAACAAGACUUGGGUUUAA